UGCCUUCACAGAAAGCUUUGCAGUCCGCUUGGUUAACAGUACUGAUGAGUGCUCUGGAAGAGUGGAGAUUCGUCAUGGUGACCAGUGGCACACAGUGUGUGAUGCAGACUGGACUCUAAGUAAAGCUGGAGUGGUGUGUGAGUUGCUGGAGUGUGGACGUGCCGUGAAAGCUCAUGGUGGUGCUUUCUUUGGCCAAGGCACUGGGUCAGUGGCGGAGACUAGCAAUUUGUGUUUUGACAACGUGAAUUCUCUUCAGCAAUGCUCGGUCAAAGGGUUUAGAAGCACGACCUGCGGGCAUGAACAUGAUGCUGGUGUUCACUGUGCAGGUAAACCACCAAUAAGGCUUGUGAAUGGUACUAACCGAUGCUCUGGUCGAGUGGAGAUUCUGCAUGAAGGCAGUUGGGGAACAGUGUGUGAUGAUGAAUGGGACUUAAAAGAUGCUGAGGUGGUGUGCAGAGCCAUGGACUGUGGACCACCUCAGAGAGCAAAAUCCAGUGCCUUCUUUGGUAAAGGCCAAGGAAAGAUCUGGCUUGAUGAUGUCAACUGUCUGGGUAAUGAGACGUCCCUUGGGCAAUGCAGUCAUCGCUCCUUUGGAGAAAAUAACUGUGGCCAUGGUGAAGAUGCAGGAGUGAUUUGUUCAGGUACCAUUCGACUGACCAAUGGGACUGACAUGUGCUCAGGAAGGGUGGAGGUCCACCGUGGUGAACACUGGUCACCAGCAUUUAAUGUUAACUGGGGAAUGAAUGAAGCCACAGUGGUGUGCAGAGAGAUAAACUGUGGAGAGCCUGUCAAGAUCUCAGAGUCAUUUGGUCAAGGUGGAGAUCUGAGAGGAUAUGAGAUCCACUGUAAUGGUAUAGAGAGCUCUCUCACGCAGUGCACAUUUAGAGACUAUAGGAGAUCUGUCAUGGACCAUAUUGAAGAAGCCUCUGUGGUAUGCUCAGGUAAUGUGAGAUUAACCGGUGGAUACACUCGUUGUGAUGGAAGAGUAGAGUAUUUUGAUGAAGGCCGGUGGGGGAGUGUGUGUGCUGAAUCCUGGGACAUGAAUGAUGCAACAGUGGUGUGCAGACAGUUGGACUGUGGGAGGCCUCAUAAGCUUAUUCAGCUUGACCGUGAUACAGGACAGACCUGGACUGAUCAAAUUAAUUGCAAUGGAAGAGAGUCUACAUUGACUCAGUGUCCAAAAGAACCAUAUCAUUGCAACAACACUGCUGUGGCUGGUGUUUUCUGCACAGAAAGCUUGACUGUCCGCUUGGUUAACAGUAAUGAUGAGUGCUCUGGAAGAGUGGAGGUUCGUCAUGAUGACCAGUGGCACACAGUAUGUGACAGAGAGUGGACUCUAAGUAAAGCUGGAGUGGUGUGUGAGUCGCUGGAGUGUGGACGUGCCAUGAAAGCUCAUGGUGCUGCUUUUUUUGGCCGUGGCAGUGGAUCAGUGAUGGAGGCUAGCAAUUCAUGUUUUGACACUGUGACAUCUCUUCAGCAAUGCUCAGUCAAAGGUUUUAGAAGAGCAACCUGCGGGCAUGAAUAUGAUGCUGGUGUUCUCUGUGCAGGUAAACCACCAAUAAGGCUGGUGAACGGCACUGACCGAUGUUCUGGUCGAGUGGAGAUUCUGCAUGAAGGCAGAUGGGGAACAGUGUGUGAUGAUGAAUGGGACUUCAGAGAUGCUGAGGUGGUGUGCAGAGCCAUGGACUGUGGAACAGCUCAGAGAGCCAAAUCUAAGGCCUUCUUUGGUAAAGGCCAAGGAAAGAUCUGGCUUGAUGAUGUCAACUGUCUGGGUAAUGAGACGUCCCUUGGGCAAUGCAGUCAUCGCUCCUUUGGAGAAAAUAACUGUGGCCAUGGUGAAGAUGCAGGAGUGAUUUGUUCAGCCAUUCGACUGACCAAUGGGACUGAAGUGUGCUCAGGAAUAGUGGAGGUCCACCGUGGUGAACACUGGUCACCAGCAUUUAAUGUUAACUGGGGAAUGAAUGAAGCUACAGUGGUGUGCAGAGAGAUAAACUGUGGAGAGCCUGUCAAGAUCUCAGAGUCAUUUGGUCAAGGUGGAGAUCUGAAAGGAUAUGAGAUCGACUGUAAUGAUAGAGAGAGCUCUCUCAGACAGUGCACAUUUAGAGACUUUACCACCUAUGCCUCUGUGGUAUGCUCAGGUAAUGUGAGAUUAACCGGUGGAUCCACUCGUUGUGAUGGAAGAGUAGAGUAUUUUGAUGAAGGCCGGUGGGGGAGCGUGUGUGCUGAAUCCUGGGACAUGAAUGAUGCAACAGUGGUGUGCAGACAGUUGGACUGUGGGAGGCCUCAUAAGCUUAUUCAGCUUGACCGUGAUACAGGACAGACCUGGACUGAUCAAAUUAAUUGCAAUGGAAGAGAGUCUACAUUGACUCAGUGUCCAAAAGAACCAUAUCAUUGCAACAACACUGCUGUGGCUGGUGUUUUCUGCACAGGGAGCUUGGCAGUCCGCUUGGUUAACAGUAAUGAUGAGUGCUCUGGAAGAGUGGAGGUUCGUCAUGGCGAACAGUGGCACGCAGUAUGUGAUGCAGACUGGACUCUAAGUAAAGCUGGAGUGGUGUGUGAGUCGGUGCAGUGUGGACGUGCCAUGAAAGUUCAUGGUGGUGCUUUUUUUGGCCGUGGCAGUGGUUCAGUGGUGGAGGCUAGCAAUUCAUGUUUCGACAGUGUGACAUCUCUUCAGCAAUGCUCAGUCAAAGGUUUUACAAGAGCAACGUGCGGGCAUGAAUAUGAUGCUGGUGUUCUCUGUGCAGGUAAACCACCAAUAAGGCUUGUGAACGGCAUUGACCGAUGCUCUGGCCGAGUGGAGAUUCUGCAUGACGGCCAGUGGGGAACAGUGUGUGAUGAUGACUGGGACCUCAGAGAUGCUGAGGUGGUGUGCAGAGCCAUGGACUGUGGAACAGCUCAUAGUACAAAAUCUAAUGCCUUCUUUGGUGAAGGCCAAGAAGCGAUCUGGCUUUCUCAUGUCAACUGUCUGGGUAAUGAGACGUCCUUCGGGCACUGCAGCUAUCGCCCCUUUGGAAGAUUAUUUUGCAGCCACAGUGAAGAUGCAGGAGUGAUUUGUUCAGAAAGCUUGACUGUCCGGUUGGUUAACAGUACUAAUAAGUGCUCUGGAAGAGUCGAGGUCCGUCAUGGCAAGCAGUGGCACACAGUGUGUGACACGGACUGGACUCUAAGUAAAGCUCAAGUGGUGUGCGAGACUCUGGAGUGUGGACGUGCCAUGAAUGCUCCUGGCGUUGCUUUUUACGGCCCAGGCAGUGGGCCGGUUGUGGAGGCUAGCUCUUCAUGCUUUGAGACUGUGACUUCUAUUCAGCAAUGCUCGGGCAAAGGUUUUACAAGAGCAACCUGCGGGCAUGAACAUGAUGCUGGUGUUUUCUGUGCAGUACAAGUCCGGUUGGUGGAUGGCUCAGGUGAAUGCUCCGGCAGAGUGGAGGUCUUCUAUAAAGGACAGUGGGGAACUGUGUGUGAUGACGAUUGGGAAAUGAGCGAUGCUGAUGUGGUAUGCAGACAGCUUGGUUGCGGUCAUGCUGUUUCAGCACCUAAAAUGGCCCGUUUUGGUAGAGGCACUGGUCCAAUAUGGCUGGAUAACGUGGAAUGCUCAGGCCAAGAGUCUGCACUUUCACACUGUUCACAUCCUGGUUUUGGACAAAAUAACUGCGGGCAUGAUGAAGAUGCCAGUGUUAUCUGCUCAGAAGCCUGAAAUCAUAAUGAGCCCUGCUCCAGAGGUAAACUGGAGUGACGGAAAUGAAAUUAUCUACAUUAUAAUAAGAGAACACAUGUGUUUGACAUUUCUCCCAUAAAUUCUCCGAUCACAAAUCUUUAUCUGACAUUAUCCUCAUGGAAAUGCUUCUGACUUCUCUGUUAUAGAUCAGUAACUUUGUGCUUUGUUUGCUCAGUUUUGCAUAAUUGUUGGUAAAUCUAUUUCUGAUAUACAUACUAUGAUAAACAUAUUUUUGCCUUACUGGAAAGGCCCAGCAUCUCCCUGAUGUCACCUCAUACAAUGGUGAUCUAAAGUCCUGACACAAUAUCAGUCGCUCGAGGCAGCACCUUCACUUGCCUCGGUUCAUUCCAUACCUGUGAGUUCUGUACAAUAGAAUAUGACACCAAGGACAGUAGAUCUCUCUCUACAGUGUUAGCAUCUCCAAAAA